UUACGGUUUAAGUUGCAUUUUAGAUGCGAACGAACGCGCAUCUCUCUUUUGGGCUCGCGGUUACGCGGUUAACGUUUCGUGAACAUCGGGCGCGCGUUACGAACCGGUUUGCGACUCGAGUCGAUUGUGAACGGAUCCCGCGAAGCGGAUCGUGACUGCGUGACGCGUGGAGUUGACCGAUCUCGUCAGCGUGAAUUAGCCUCAUCCUUUCGGUGCCGCAAGCCGGCCAAGUUUCAACGUGGAAAGAUCGUCUCGCCCCGUGCUUCUUCCGUUCCUGCCGAGAAUUCCGACACUCCCGGAAGGCUGGAUGCAGGGUGACUGAGUGAUUUUAUUCAGUAGUACGUAGGAAAUCGAAAAUUUUGUACUUGUGGCGAAGAUUGGCGAUUUUAGAUUGGAUGCAGUUAACUGAUCGGGGCAACGAACAGAACGAAAUUUCCAGGAUAUUGAGCUACGCGAAGGAAAGUGAAGCUUAACGGAUCACAAUGCGUCAUUUUCUGUACAACCCCCUCAUCCUUAAAGUGCUGCUAAUGACAAUCUUGUUCGCAUCGUCCGGUCUGGCGGUGUCGAAGUCGCGCGGUAAAAAGAAAAUUGUCAAAGAGACGAAGGAGUUGAACAUCUGCGAUAUUCAAAGCCAACAGGCACCGAUGUACUGCUACUGCAACAAUGUUGGCCUGCAAAAUGCCAGCGACGUCAAUUGCUGGGUAUUGAGCAAGUUUGAACGGGACGAUCCCAUGUGGGGUUACUUCACAUCGCAAAUCCAUCUCGAAAAAUUGACGUUUACGGUGCGUCAGAUCGGUAGCCUCGACUACGUGCCCAGUCAGUUGCUGCACCAGCUGAAGAAUUUGCGCGUGAUCGUGUUCCAGUAUGGGUCGCUCCAUGAGCUUGCCGAGCGCGCUUUUAGCAAUCUCAACAGUGUUGCCGAGAUCAAUCUCAGCCGCAACAUGAUCGUCGUGGUGCGCAAGUACGCCUUCGAGAACAUGCGAAAUCUCUCUGUCAUCAAUCUCGACGAUAAUCGCAUCUCCGAGAUUAAUAGAGACACAUUCGUGAAUUUGCCGAGCUUGCGCAAGCUAUUCUUGAAUCGCAACAACAUUAGCACUGUUCAUGACAAGGCGUUUAAGCUUCUGGGCUCCCUGCAGGAGCUUGAAUUGAGCGGCAACCAGAUCACUGUCGUCACGCGCGACAGUUUCCACGGUCUGCGCAAUUUGCUACGUCUCGAUCUACGCAGCAAUCAGAUUACCAUGCUUGGCGAUCGUAGCUUCAUCGAGAUGCCGGAAUUAGCUGAACUUGAGCUCGAUCAAAAUCAGAUCAUAUACAUAUCCGAAAAAGCAUUCGACAGCAUGCGCAGUCUACGGAAGUUGAAUCUUAGCGACAAUCAGCUCGUGACGUUGAUCCCGGAUUUCUUGUCCGGUGCGCCCGGUAUUCACUUUUUGGAUCUGAGGGACAACUUGCUGAAGACCAUGACUUUUGACAACAUUAAACCAAUCGUGACCAAUCUCUACGGCCUGAACAGCCACUUAUACUUGGGCGAAAACAAUCUGAUCUGCGAUUGCAAACUUGCGUGGAUCUGGGGCUUGCGGAACGAGACGAAGAACACGAAACUGAGGGAUGCCCUGGAGGAGUUGACUUGCUUCCUGGAGAGCAAUAAUGCAACACAGAAGAUCAACAGCGAAGACCUAGGGAGAAAUCAGCCGCUCGACAUUCCCGAUGAAUAUGUCGACGAUAAUUCAAGAGUUAAUCAUGGCGACGACGAUGACAACAGUGAUUAUUACGACGAACCCGAAGAUGAAAACGCGUCAAAUUCAAAUUUUCACAGCAAGAGCAAUCGUGAGGGUAAGAAGUGCUGUACAAAGCAUCUAUUCGAAUUAAAGCCAGAGGAGCUGCCCUGCCCGGAGCUUUCGCGCGAGGAUUUGAUGGCUUCUGAGCAGCCAUCCAGCCGUCAUGAAAACGCUCGUGUGGGCUCUGGGUCCAGCUGGUUUAGCUCUGGUUCGACCUCGGUCCAGGCCGGUCAGUCCGUCCUCGUUGCCUCAUUGCUAUUGCUGUCUAUACUUUUUUUCACGUAGAAGCGGCUAAGCGUUCAGAAAUGAAGCGAUAUAAGCAUCAUUCGGCGUCCCAAUAUGCUCGAGUGAGCGAAUGGAAAAUCGUAGAUAUAAACGAAACGGGACGUGAAAGAAAGUGUAUGUUUACGCGUGUGUAUGUGUGUGUGCGCGCACUUACGUAGGAAACUAACUGGACAACCAAGAGACGUACCUUCGAAACUUUCUGAAGCGCUUGCAGUUACCGUUUAUUGUACGAAGUUUUUCCUAGAUGAUAUUCGAACUUUAAAAAUGUUGCACACGUGACAUCCGUAUCAUUAAUUCGUAACGAUGGACAAUGAUCGCUUGGUCAAAAUUGUCCAGUACCAAGACGCGGCUGCAUUACACGUCAUUUUUAAAGUUUGAUAACUUUUUUUUUAAAUCUCGUGUAUUUAACGUGACAUUAAAAACGUAUUCAAAAUACGCUGUCAUGCAGUUCAAUUGGCCAACUAUCAGAGACAUUUUACGUUCGCGUUCACGUGUUUACUGUGGUUUUCAUUAAGCUGAAAUACUCGCACAAAAAUGACAAGGUUGCACACAGCAUUUUAUUUUACAUAAUAUUGAUCGAAUUUGUCUGAAACGCGCUCCCUUACAUACCGUACGUCAUUCCCGUAUUUGUACAGUAUAUGUGCGUAGUUUUACUGUAUGUAUUACAAAAAUACCAAAAAAUAUCGCGCACACUGCUGUUUCUCGUUAGCUAUUUUGCUUGCGUAACUACUGCCAUUUAGACCGUAAUCCAUUAUUAUAUUCAGCUAAUUUUUGACCGAGACGAUGGGUCCAGCUAUAACGGCUCCAAAUAUCAAUAUAAAUAUGAAAUGCCAGAAAUUGAGAUACUGCCAUAUAAUUCAGACUAAUAUUAAAACUUUGAUAGAGAAACUUAGCGACCCAGCGAACAGAUAUAACUGCUAACAUAUACGUAAAUAUAAUGUUUUUACGUCUAUGUUAUAUGUUGUCGUAUAUUCGUGGUUUGCUGGGAGAUUUCUUAAUUGUUUAUUUAUAACUAUUAUAAUAAUUGUCCUCUCUUUUGCCACUAGUUUCUUUCGUUUUAGUUUAGGGUAGUUUAAACAUUUUGAUAUAAAUGUAUUUUUUUAAUUAUUUUUCUUUGUGCCUUUUUUAACUUUUUACAAAAUAUUGUGAAAUAUUGCACACUGCCAGUCCCGCUCGCUCGGUUCUACGGAUGGAAUUAAAAUUUUGAUAUAAAUUUACAUAAUACUUGUUUCAAUAUUGCUUUUCGAUUUUUGUAAUCUUUUUUACAUAUGUUUCAUUCGAUAUGUUUAUACAAUAUGUAUCGUCAAGUAUUCCUCAAUUAAGUAUAGGUUUUCAGGUAAACCUGUGAUUGAAUCUUCAUAUUCUUAACAUCCCUUAUUCUUACACAGUAAAAAAUGUAAUUUUAACAUUUUUGUUCCAGAAAGUCCACUUCAAAUUUUAAAUUAAAAUAACUCAAAAGUUAAGUUAAGUUAAAAUGACUUAAAAUAAAAGUUAUUGUAACUUAAAAUUUAGAGUGGACUUUCUGGGACAUUUUAUUUUUUACUGUUUAACUUCUCAACAUUCAUUAUAACAUUUAUGAACUCCGUAUUCUUAACAACUAUCCUUGCGCGGCUACAUUGUACAUGCUAAUAAUUCGUAUUUAUCAUAUGACCAUGUGAUCACUUGACCAUGUAAUUAGAAUUAGAAAAAGACUUGAAUAAAAGAUAGAGGAUGCUAGAAAGGAUGAAGAGAAGAAUUCGUAGACGUUUCUUAGUAAAUAAGAAUUUCUUAUUUAUACAUGCACACAUGCGCACAUGCAUAUCAUGCGAGCAUGCGGCGCAUCGACGUCAACGCGCAGGCGCGAAUAAGAGCAAGAGACACGGCAAUUAUUUUCUCAUUUUAUUUAUCUUGGCUUUGCCUCCGAAGCAUUGUCGAUAUGAAAAUCGCGCUAGGUCCAUUUAUAUAUUUAUCCAUUAUGUUUAAUGGAUAAAUAAAUAUUUAUCCAUAUUUAUUUAUCCAUUUAUAUCUAUGGAAGAUACAAUGCGUAAUCACAAUCUGAUUGGCCAGUAGCACAACGGGCGCAGCGACAUUUAUAUUCUGCGCAUGUGCUAUUGAAGUAAGAUUGAGGGCUACGGAAAAGUAUUAAAAAUAGGGAGAUUAUUGCCUAUCCUAAUAUGUUAAGAAUACGGAGAUUUGGCUGUUACUAUUUAGAUUUCGACGCGUCAUACAUUUUUUUAACAUUUAAUCCAUAUGAACAUCCAUGAUUUUGACAUCUAGGACUUGAUAUUCAGAAUAUUCCUGGAUAGCAGACUUGUCUAAAAAAUUUCAAUGAGAUGUCCUAAAUCGUCUUUCAGACGUGCAUGUCUAAGAAACUUCGAAAAGACGUCUUAAAGAAAGUGUCUUUCAGACAUGCGUGCUAUUUAGGUCAGGAAUAUCAAGAAUCGAUAUUGACAUGCAAUUUUGAAAAUAUUACUAGAGCCACUGAAAAACACAUUAGGAAUUGAUAUGUUAAAGCAUAUUUGAAGAAAAAAUUAAAAUGGAAACCAUUUAACCAUAUGAUUAUAAAAUAUCAAAGUAUCAACAAAAGUUGAAAAAACAGAAAACAAUUGAGUUUAGUUAAUUACGAAAAUGUAUGAGUCAACUUGACAAAUUUUUUAAAAAAUCAUAAAAGAAACUUUUUUCCAAUUUUAACACAUUAAUAUUUUAAUACAUAUUCGGCAUUUAGAAAUAUAAAUAAAUUUUUAGUAAUUAAAAAUAUCUCUAAAAGCUUAGUAAUGAUUAUGUUCUUUUCAUAAAAAAAGCGAUAUUUCUGUAACUAAAAAUACUGUGGGUCGAAACACCUAUGUCUUGCUAACUCAAUUAUGUAAAAGUGGCAACUCGUGUUUGUUUUAUAAUAACUGAUUCAAUUAUAUAUGAAUUCUUUAAUAUAUUCCGUUUAACCUAUCCUAUUGUGUAACCUCCUAAUUGAUAUUAUACUUAAUAGAAGAAAUAUAGACUUCUUAUCCUACGAAAUAUAUUUCUUAGCAUAUGUGAAAUGAGACUGAAAAGAAGAAAUUUUUCGAGCACUAAGCAUUUUUAUCAUUCGUCUUACAAGAUUAUAAUCGUGAUGUUUUUUGCGCGAUAUUUAGCGAGCAAUUUCACAACGAUUACGUCUACGACGAUCUGUUUGUUUGAGGUGCACUUUCUUGCGCUUUUUGCAUAAAAGUUUUAAACUAAAUGGACUUAUAUUUUAAUCUUUGGAUGAAGAGGAGAAAAGGAAUGAGACUAAAAACGGAAAGCGCAACUGGAGCGAACAGACGUAAUUUGCAAUCAAUUAGUAAGAAACGCAUGAUAUGGAUAACGUGAAACAUAGCCUACCCUACGGAACCAUGAUAAAGAAAAGAA